GGUACACGUAUUCGGUGUGUGGAUGGGGCUUCAACUGAUCGUCAAACCUGGAAAGAAAUAAGGAAACCCGCACCAUGGAGAAACCGAGGAAAUGUGGGGAUUGUGGAAAGGGAUGCCGGAUCCCGUCUGCACUGAAGAUUCAUCAAUGUGGUCACACUGGGGAGAGGCCAUUCACCUGCUCUGAGUGUGGGAAACGUUUUCUCCAGUCAUCUGACCUGUGGAAUCACCAACGAAUUCACACUGGGGAGAGGCCAUUCACCUGCUCUGAAUGUGGGAAGGGAUUUACUCAGUCAUCCCACCUAGUGGCACAUCAGGGAGUUCACAUCAAGGAGAGGCCAUUCACCGGCUUUGAACGUGGGAAGGGAUUCACGCAAUCAUCCAGCCUGCGGACACAUCAGCGAGUUCACACCGGGGAGAGACCCUUCACCUGCUCUGCGUGUGGGAAGGGAUUCACUCAGUCAUCCAAUCUGCUGACACAUCAGUGUGUUCACACCAGGGAGAGGCCAUUUAACUGAUCUGAAUGUGGGAAGGGAUUCACUCAA